AUGGUGUGUAUUAAAGACCACAAUGGGAAAUUGUCGGAGCAAAGGAUUGAAUAUGAGUGGAGGACAAAGUUCUGCCAAACUUGCCUCAAGAUUAGACACAAUUGUGAUCUAAAGAAACAUAGUGGGAAGAAAAUUCAACCUGAUAUGAUUUGGAAACCAGUAGCUAGCAAGAAUACUAAAACUCAACUUGAAGGAGAAGUAAGCAAAAAUAGUAUUGAGGAAGAAUUAAGUAAAGUAAAAAGAGGGGAUCUUGAACUAGAGAACAAUGCCAUGGAUACCUGGACAACUGUGACAUCAGGAAGAAUGGAUAAAGGAAAAAAAGCAAUGAUUCAAACACUCAAGAGCUCCUUUGUUGCGUACCAAAAGUCAUUUACUCCCUUAAGGAUUGGAGAAGGUUCUAUGGGAGACAACAACUUUGAUCAAUGA